UUUCAGGAUUUUUUUGUUGGUGAUGGUGGUUCUUAAUUUUUAGUUUGGGGGAAGUAGAUGUUUUUAUAAAUAUGUUGAUUUCGUUUGUUUCUUGCUUUCCCAUAUUAGGGGUGAUAGCCAAAGGGGUCAUGAUAAGAGGACGGGGAACAGAUAGAACUGGUGAAGAGGCCUGCCUGGCUCCAGUCCUGUCAGGAAGUACAUUUAGUAGGGCACCAAGCCUGCCCCCCUAAAGCCACUUAGGCGUUCUCCUUUGCUUGUAAAGCCACUUAGGUGUUUGCUUGUGCAGGCAGCUUUCUGCUGCGUUUGGUGUGAAGGCAGUCGGGGCUUGUUCUGCCAAACUAUCGGCCCCUCUUCCCACAAUCCUUGGGCCAGCCCGGACUCUAAUCUUGAGCAAAUGCCACCUUCCCCUGUGAGUGACACAUCUUUAAAUCUUUUUUUAAAGCUACUAUCUGCAGAUUGGAAGGGGAAGAAUGGGGAGGGGGUUAUUGCCAAAUAUGUUCCAUGGGGGUUGGGGUGUUUGUGUAUGUUAUCUCCCUCGAUUUCCCCAGAAGUGAGGCAUCUUUUUGUUUUUUCUCAGUCCAAAAUCAAGAGGGUGGGGAGAGAGAGGAGAGAGGCUGCCAAAAGCCAGGUUUGGGGGAAGGUAAAAUACCACUGUCCUGCCCUUGGCCCUGAACCCUACCAUCUGAACCCCUCAAACAUCCUCAGGAUUUUAUAAGGCUGUCACAGUGGGGAAUCUCUCCUGUCAAAGAUCCCGGCAGGAUUGGGGGGCAGGUUGGGAGUGUGAUGGCUGGUGGGGGGAGUCAUGGGCCAGGGGCAGUUCUCGCCUCACUUGUAAACUUGUAGUUUCACAGAAAAAACAACAAAAAAAUGCAGUUUUAAAUAAAGAAAUUUCUUUUUUCCCUGGGUUUAGUUGAGAAUUCUUUUCAAAAAACAUGAGAAACCCCAGAAAAAAAUAUUUUGCUCUCAUCGAGCCCCAGAUAGGUUUCUCUCCUGAGUCCCCCAGCCUUGCCCCCACCACCCAAGCCCCAGGUCUCACCCCUGCCUCCUCUCCAGGAAAAGAGCCAGGCCUGAACCCUGUUGCCUGGCAACACUGCCAAGUCAAGAUGGGGCUCUGGUCCUCCAAUCGUGGACUGAUGGAGUAGAUUGGGGUCCUGAGGGGCUGAAAGACCCUAGGAAAUAAACUCCCCACCCCCAUAGAUGGUGGCUGUGCCCAGGGGUGGGGUGACAAUUGUUUCUCUUAGUACCUGAAGGACUCUUGUCCAAGAGGCAUGAAUUCCUAGCAUUCCCUGUGACGGGACAGGAUGGAGGAGAGGGUACAAGCCCCACCUAGGGUGGUGGCCACAGCAGCGAGGGGCAGACAGAGCCAGGAGCCUGGGGAGGAAGCAGGAUGGCAGCAGGGACAGCGGCCGGAGUCUGGGUGCUGGUCCUCAGUCUGUGGGGGGUAGCAGUAAGUGAUCAAAACAUCACAGCCCGGAUCGGGAAGCCACUGGUGCUGAACUGUAAGGGGGCCCCCAAGAAACCACCCCAGCAGCUGGAAUGGAAACUGAGCACAGGCCGGACAGAAGCUUGGAAGGUCCUGACUCCCCAGGGAGGCCCCUGGGACAGCGUGGCGCGGGUCCUCCCCAAUGGCUCCCUCCUCCUGCCGGCUGUUGGGAUCCAGGACGAGGGGACUUUCCGGUGUCGGGCAACGAGCCGGAACGGAAAGGAGACCAAGUCCAACUACCGAGUCCAAGUCUACCAGAUUCCUGGGAAGCCGGACAUUGUUGAUCCUGCCUCUGAACUCAUGGCUGGUGUCCCCAACAAGGUGGGGACUUGUGUGUCUGAGGGGGGCUACCCUGCAGGGACUCUUAGCUGGCACUUGGAUGGAAAAACUCUGAUACCUGACGGCAAAGGAGUGUCUGUGAAGGAAGAGACCAGGAGACACCCCGAGACAGGGCUUUUCACACUCCACUCUGAGUUGAUGGUGACCCCGGCCCGGGGAGGAGCUCCUCAACCCACCUUCUCCUGUAGCUUCAGCCCGAGCUUUCCCCGGCGCCGAGCCCUGCACACGGCUCCCAUCCGGCCCAGUGUCUGGGGUUUAACUCUUCAACUCAUGCCUGGCCCACCUCCAGAGCCUGUGCCCCUGGAGGAAGUCCAGUUGGUGGUAGAGCCAGCAGGUGGAGCCGUACCUCCUGGUGGGACUGUGACCUUGACCUGUGAAACCUCUGUCCAGCCCCCGCCCCAAAUCCACUGGACCAAGGAUGGCACACCCCUGCCCCUUUCCCCCAGCCCCGUGCUGCUGCUCCCUGAGGUAGGGCCUGAGGACCAGGGAACCUACAGCUGUGUGGCCACCCAUCCCAGCCACGGGCCCCAGAAGAGCCGAGCUGUCAGCAUCAGCAUCAUUGAAACAGGCGAGGAGGGGCCGGCGGCAGGCUCUGUCGAAGGGCCGGGGCUGGGAACGCUAGCCCUAGCCCUGGGGAUCCUGGGAGGCCUGGGGACCGCCGCCCUGCUCGUCGGGGUCAUCAUGUGGCACAGGCGGCAACGCAGAGGACAGGAGAGGAAGGCCCCCGAAAACCAGGAGGAAGAUGAGGAGGAGCGUGCGGAGCUGAACCAGCCGGAGGAGCCCGAGGCGGCUGAGAACAGUGCAGGAGGGCCUUGAGCAGCCCCAGCCAGACGCCACCCACCCUCUGCCUUUUCUUUUUCCCACACUCGGUUCCGGCCCCAGACCAGUUCACCCCUGUAUAAUCUCCACCCCGCCUCCCCAAGCUCUCCUCCACAACCAGAGCCCCCCACAAGCCAUCAUGAGUAAACACCUGACACGUCUUGCCCCA